AUGCCGACAGACUUGCAGUAUUAUUUGGAUGGCCUUCCAAACUGGCCGUCCACCGAGGCCGAUGUACUCACGGCCACAGGAUGGGUUCGAGAGAUCGGAGCUGUUUCCCAAGGUGAAUCCCUGGGCAGAAUGUUGUUCUCAGUGGAGAAGAAGACCACUGGCACAAUGAAAGCGUGGGUGCGCCGUUGGAAGAUCAGCGGAUCCCAUCGUCGUACGUGGUCCGAGUUCUGCAGCGAUUUUGUCCAAGAGACCAGACGAACGAGGACAUUCCUGAUUACCAUGGGGGAGAUCGCCACGAUUACCCAAGGAGCCGCCGAGACCUCGGCAGACUAUAUCGCCCGCAUGAAGUGCACCGUUGAGCUGCUACCACCCCAGGAAGGCAGUGAGAACAAGCCGUACAAGGUGUCUGAGGACUACUCGCAGACCUUCGCAUUCCACUUCUGCAAAGGACUGCACGAGAGUCACCCGUUCAAGGUCAAGAACAAGGAGACCCCGGCGACCCUCGACGAAGCGUUCAAGUUGGUGGAGCGCCUGUCCUCCGUGAGUCGUUGGGACGGAGUCGUUACCUUCGAGGAUCGGAUGUUACUCAAGAGUCGGGCCGCGGAGGGUGAUGCUCCGAGCGAUACUGUGUUGCUGGGCAAUACGGCCGUUCCUGGCAAGCAAUACGAUGGGUUCGUCAAAGAUUUCCCGAAGGACAAGGUUGACGAACUCAACAUGGAUGAGCUAACCGAGAUGUUCAGUGCCUGGACUCUGGCCGCGCGAGGAGAGCCUAACGCAGCUUCCAGAGUUGCUAAGACAAUUCGCCGGAUGAAUGUCACUGUCGCUCGCCGUGUCUUCGGGAGUACCGAACUCGCC